GUUAGAACUUGUUAAACUCUCGACAUGCUAGCAUAAGUGACUAAUUCUUCAUCUCCAUUUUCAAGAAGUCCUCUUUCCAUCAACAUGAUCUCCAAUUUCCUAGCAUCUUUUGUUUAUGAAUCAAGAACUGACAUGGUUGCAUAGAGCUCUUGUGAUGGUCACAUGUGGUAAUAGCCUAUCAUUGUAGCCUUGCCCAACUUUGUCUCAUCCUAGUUGGAAAAUGUCAAUCUAUUGCAGUGAUACCUUUGAUGAGAACACACCUCCUGUUGAUGAUCCAGAUUAUAUCUCUUCUCUGGGGGCCACAAUCUUUAAAGGAAUGCAAAGUGCCGAUUCAGAUGCAGUUUGGCUAAUGCAGGGAUGGCUUUUCACUUAUGAUCCUUUCUGGAGACCUACACAGAUGAAGGCACUUCUACAUUCUGUUCCUCUUGGCAAGUUGAUAGUUCUUGAUCUUUAUGCUGAAGUUAAACCAAUAUGGGCUACUUCGAAGCAGUUCUAUGGAAUCCCAUACAUAUGGUGUAUGCUACACAAUUUUGCUGGUAAUGUUGAAAUGUAUGGAGUUCUUGAUGCUGUGGGAUCAGGACCUGUUGAAGCUCGUACGAGUGAAAACUCAACCAUGGUUGGUGUUGGGAUGUCAAUGGAAGGCAUUGAACAGAACCCUGUGGUGUACGAUCUUAUGUCUGAAAUGGCUUUUCAGCAUAGCCCAGUUGAUGUCAAGGCUUGGAUAGAUCUAUACUCCAGAAGACGUUAUGGGAGAUUUGUUCAGCCCAUGCAAGAUGCCUGGAAUAUUUUGUAUCAUACCAUCUAUAAUUGCACUGAUGGUGCUUAUGACAAAAAUAGAGAUGUUAUUGUUUCAUUUCCAGAUGUUGAUCCAAAUUCCAUUUCAACACUGCAAACAGUACUAAACGAUGUCCAUGAACGAUAUGGAAAAAGAUAUUUAAGAAGAGCUAUUCUGGAAGAACCAAAUGAUUCCUAUGAUAAACCCCAUCUUUGGUAUUCAACUUCAGAAGUUAUACAUGCACUAAAACUUUUCCUGGAGAGUGGAAAUCAACUAUCUGACAUCCGUACUUUCAGGUAUGACCUUAUAGACCUGACAAGACAAGUUUUGGCAAAGUACGCAAAUGAACUAUUCUUAGACGCUAUAGAAGCAUAUAAAUUAGAUGAUCUGCAUGCUGUUGCACACCUUAGCCAAAAGUUUCUCGGCCUAGUGGAAGAUCUAGAUAUGCUUUUAGGAUGCCAUGAUGGAUUCCUUCUAGGACCUUGGAUAGAGAGUGCAAAGGAACUUGCUCAAGAUGAAGAUCAGGAAAGACAGUUUGAAUGGAACGCAAGAACUCAGAUUACUAUGUGGUUCGAUAACACUGAGCUGGAAGCUAGUUUGCUUCGCGACUAUGGUAACAAGUAUUGGAGUGGGCUAUUGCGAGAUUAUUAUGGCCCUCGUGCCGCAAUUUAUUUCAAGUAUCUGAUAGAAAGUUUAGAAGAAGGCAAGGGCUUCAACUUGAAAGCUUGGAGGAGGGAGUGGAUCAAACUUACAAAUAGUUGGCAAAGUAGCAGAAAUGUUUUCCCAAUCAAAAGUAGAGGCAAUGCCCUUAAUGUAUCACAAUGGCUUUUUCAGAAAUACUUGCAAGAUUUGGGAUCACACGAUCAUUAAGCUUUAUAAUGAAUAUUUGUAAUAUGGAUAUCCCCUGCCCGCAAUAUAUAUCCCAUUACGGUUUCUGCAAGAAAAAAUUCAUCGUGGCUAUGUUGUUAAAGCAAUUGUACUUGUGACUUUUGACUAAUGAAAUGAACGCUCUCUUUAAUGAAAAAUAAAAAAAGUCAGAAUUUACAGAAAAAAAAAAGUUUAUUUAUAAAAAAUGGAAAAUGUCACCUGAAAAACUCCUAUUGAUUAGACUGCAGACUAAAGUUUAUUUUUAAUUUCUAAUUGUUCUUAAACUACAAAGUUGUCACUUCUUUGGAAGCAUUGAAAGCCUGCGGUUAACUUAUAUUCCCUCCAUUUCCGUUGGUGAGUUAUUGAGGCAAUGAGCACACAUAAAAACAA